CUCUGCUGGCAUCGCGACGCUGCAAGAUCAGUUGGAUCCACUGCAAUUAAGUUUGCAGGAUCUGGACAUGGGAGGAUCGAGCGUGUACAUGUAGCUGUGCCAGCCCUUCGGCGUUUCCCUGACUGCAUCUCGUGUGCGGCUCGCUAGCUCACGGCUCCCAUUACCACACACCCCGAUCCUCAGCACCAGCGUCCCUAAUCGUGCUUUGGGACCCGCCUGAAGGACCAUGCAUCGAUUUAUCUUGGUUGCCAGGCAAACUGCGGCAAGCCUGAGCUGCAGAGGGCCAGGGGGCUGCCGGAGCGGGCGGCAGGACGGGGCUCUGCGCGGCGCGGCGGGGCUGGCGGCGGCGCGGCCGCCGAGUGCCCGGCUCCCGUGCGCCCGGCUCCCGUGCGCCCGGCUCCCGCGGCCGGCGCGGGGGGACGCGGUGCGCUGGAGCAGCGCUGCCAAGGCCUCCGCGGUGAAGAUCACCGAGAAGGCGAGCAGGGAGAAGAUCCUGACGCUGGAGUCGAUGAACCCGCAAGUGAAGGCGGUGGAAUAUGCAGUGCGGGGCCCCAUCGUGCUUAAAGCCGGCGAGAUCGAGAAGGAGCUGCGGAAGGGAAUCAAAAAACCUUUUACUGAAGUAAUUAAAGCCAACAUUGGAGAUGCACAUGCAAUGGGGCAGAGACCAAUCACCUUCCUCCGUCAGGUAGUGGCCCUGUGCACAUACCCAAACCUGUUGGACAGCCCAAGUUUUCCAGAAGAUGCCAAAAAGCGAGCCAGACGGAUCUUGCAGGACUGUGGAGGAAACAGCCUGGGUUCUUACAGUGCCAGCCAAGGGAUAAACUGCAUCCGUGAAGAUGUUGCCGCAUACAUUGAAAGAAGAGAUGGAGGGGUUCCUGCAGACCCAGAUAACAUCUAUCUUACCACAGGGGCAAGUGAUGGAAUUGCUACAAUAUUAAAGAUCCUGGUCUCAGGAGGUGGGAAAUCCCGAACAGGAGUCAUGAUCCCUAUACCACAAUAUCCUUUAUAUUCAGCAGUCAUAUCUGAACUGAAUGCUAUUCAGGUGAACUACUAUUUGGAUGAAGAAAAUUGCUGGGCUCUGUAUGUGAACGAACUUCGCCGUUCCUUGAAUGAAGCGAAGGCAUAUUGCAAUCCCAAAGUGCUCUGCAUCAUCAACCCUGGAAAUCCCACAGGGCAGGUGCAAAGCAGAAAGUGCAUUGAAGAUGUGAUACACUUUGCUUGGGAAGAGAAACUUUUUCUUCUGGCUGAUGAGGUUUACCAGGACAAUGUGUACUCUGAAGGAUGCCAGUUUCAUUCCUUCAAAAAGAUUCUGUAUGAGAUGGGACCCGAGUACUAUAACAAUGUUGAGCUGGCCUCUUUUCACUCCACCUCUAAGGGAUACAUGGGCGAAUGUGGCUACAGAGGAGGUUACAUGGAGGUCAUUAACUUGCACCCAGAAAUUAAAGGACAGCUUGUUAAGCUGCUUUCCGUUCGCAUUUGUCCUCCCGUCUCAGGACAAGCAGCAAUGGAUAUUGUGGUGAAUCCUCCAGUACCUGGAGAAGAAUCUUAUUCACAGUUCGUAAAGGAGAAGGAGUCUGUUCUCAACAACCUUGCCAAAAAAGCCAAGCUGACAGAAGACAUGUUUAACACGGUGCCGGGGAUUAACUGCAAUCCCCUCCAAGGAGCCUUGUACGCGUUCCCACGCAUCUUUAUUCCUUCCAAAGCCAUUGAGGAAGCAAAGGCUCACAAAAUGGCACCUGAUAUGUUCUAUUGCAUGAAACUUCUGGAAGAGACUGGAAUAUGUGUCGUACCUGGAAGUGGAUUUGGCCAAAGAGAAGGAACCUACCAUUUCAGAAUGACCGUUCUUCCCCCAGUAGAGAAGCUGAAGAUCCUACUGGAGAAACUGAAAGACUUCCACAUAAAGUUUCUUGAAAAAUAUGCAUGAAACUACUGUGGCUUUUCUCCCUCAUCCCGUCCCCUUCGAGGCAAAUGCAGAAAUGAAACAAAGAUGUGCUGGGAAUGUGCUGCUCAUCUAAUUUAACGAAAUUCAAAAUAGAUAGAACCAAUCUCAGAUACUGCUACAACGUACUGGACUAUUAAAUUUAAUGUCUGGUAUAGAAGACAAUGUUACGCCAACUCUUUUUUUAAGGGGAAGGAGAGAAUGUAAAGAAAGUGGUGAGAAGAGAGAGUCAGUAAAUGAUUUUGUGCCUUGAUUGGAAGUUACAUUGUGAACUUAGGUUGGGGAAGGGAGCUGAUCAUUAAAAUUGCUGCUGUUGUGUGA